AUGUCUUCCGAUAGCAGCGCUUUCGUCGACCUCACGUCUUCGCCCUGCUCUUUCCUUCAUUCUGCCGCGCGUGGCGGCCCUGCCACCGUGUCGAACGUCGAGUUGGCCGAUCCUUCGCUGGAUCUUGCCAGUGUGCGGGCUUCGUUGAGUACACAGCAGCAGGCCAUCGACCAGACCGAGGCACUGCGUGAGCUCCGCUCGGAUCACGAGGUUCUGCGCCGCGAGCACAAGUACGAGGUCGUCCAUCACCAGCUGGACUCUACUCGGAAGGAGCUCGCCGACUGCCUGAACGCGCUGGAGGAGCGACUGGACAACUCCCGCGAGCUUGAGGCGUGCCGUCUCCGGUACCAUGAUCUGCAGCUCCGUUACGACGAAGCGGUGUCUGAGUUCCAAGAUCGGAUCUCCACUUUGGAGGCACAGCAGGCUGCUGCCUCUUCUUUUGGCGUGAUCGUCCCGCCCGAUACAGCUCGCCGCCUAACAGAUCUGGGGUCCCAGCUCGCGCGGUCCCACUCUGACUUACUAGUCGCGCGUGAUCGUCAGUCUUCUCUCGCUUCGGAGCUCCGUGAAUCAGCUACGUCCCACAAGGCUGCUCAAGCAGAAGUAGAUCGCCUCGAGGCCGUGAUCGAGCGUAAGACUCGUCGCUUCCGUACCAUGCGUGAAAACUAUGAGCGUCGCUUGAAGGAUCGGGUAUCGACACUGGAUCGGGAUCUCCAGAAGGCUUCUCAGCGCGUCCGCACGGCGAUCUCUCAGCGUGAUCAAGCCAGGGCAGAACGUAUCGCCACCCAAGAUCGUGUCUCAGCGGCUCGAGAUACUAUCGCCCGGUUCGAGAAACGGAUUAACCAAGUCGAGAAAUCUCAGAAGUCGCCUUCCGAGUCGGGCGCGCUCUCCGACUGUGGCGAGAGUUCCUCCGGCAAAUCCAGUUCUACUCGCGUCUUCGAUUCGGACACCGCGGGAAGCGACAGUGGUUCUCCGGAGUUGAGUCGCGCUCGGGACCAGUUUGGAAUGCCCUCCGGCCAUCUAUCCGACGCCGAACUGCACCUUCCACGGUUCCCCGAUCGGAGUGGAUUCCCGGUUAUCGUGGUCGCCGUAACUUCCGCAGCCACGAUAUCGUCCCCUGCCGAUGGAAUGGCUAAUCCCCUCCGCUGCUCCGCGCCUCCGCAUGGAGAAUGGCGAGACGAUCUGGUGGACGAGAGCAACGUACGCGACUUGAUCGAGUCUGCUCCGUGGGAGAUCCUUGCUGCCAAGAUUGAUCCUCUCACGUCCGAGGUCGAGGUUAAUUCCGACACAUGA